GAAAGAGAACAGGGGUCGAAUUUUGAACGUCAAUUUCACACUUGACUUAUCUUGACUUACACUUGACUUUGUCGGAUUUUCUUUACUUUAGUCUAAGUGCUAUUCUCAACCAAAAAAAUCAAGUCAAGUAUAAGAUUUUUUCUUAAAAACGUUAAAGUCGAGACCAAAUCUUAGUCUAAGUCACCUCAAGAAAAAAGUACCUUUAUAGGUACUUUUUCAUACUUGAACUUCCGAUAUUUUACUUAAGCUGAAAUAAACAACGGACGAAAUUGCCAGUGGCGCUCUAGUUUGUUUACAAAAUGGAUCGUGACGUAAAUGAAAUCGAUGAAUUUAUGGAAGAUUUAGCUAAUUUAACCGAUGUAAGUGAUUAUUUAUCAUCAAGUGAUAGUGAGGGGCGUAAAGAAGAACGGCGGAUUAAAAAAAGUCGACUAAUACCGUUUUAUAAAACGAGAAAAGAUAUCCUGACGUAUUUCUGUGAAGAAAAGUUGAUGAGAACUUUUCGAUUUGAUCGUGUUUCCAUCGAAUAUAUUACAGCUCUGCUUGAACACCUUUUUCCCAAAAGGAAAACCAAAGCUAAAAGAAACCUUCGGCCACUGGAUAUGGUUUUAAUUGCUUUGCAAUUCUAUGCAACAGGGACCUUUCAAACCGUUGUUGGAAAUGUUCUCCGGUAUAGCCAGUCAUCAGUCUCACGAUCCAUUAGUUGGGUCUCGCUUGCUUUGUCAUUGAUUUCACACAAACACAUUUGUUUCCCUGCUAACCUAAAUAACCUUAAGAUCCAGUUUGCUGAAAUAGCUCGUAUUCCCGGAAUAAUUGGUUGUAUUGAUGGCACACAUAUUAGGCUGCAGCGACCAACAGUGCACGAGAAGGCAUACGUAAAUCGUAAAAAUUAUCAUUCCAUAAGCGUCCAGGGUAUUUGUGAUGCGAAUCAUAAAUUCUUAAGUGUUUGUGCAACCAAACCCGGAUCUUGCCAUGAUUCAUCAAUUUUUAAGUGUAGUACCAUAGGAAAAAAGUUUAAGGCAGGAGAUUUCGGAACUAGUAUAAUGUUGGGUGAUAGUGGCUAUGCCAACACUCCCUUCCUAAUUAUUCCUUACAAUGAGCCAACUGAAGCAUACAAGACUAGAUUCAAUGCAGCUCAUAAAACUACACGCUGUGUAAUUGACCGAGCUUUUGGCAUUUUAAAGAAAAGGUUUAAUGUUUUGCACUCGGAAAUUCGUAUGCCGCCAGUAAAGCGUCUUGGAUUACUGUAGCAUGCUGCGUCCUACACAACAUUGCUAUAGAUUUGAACAUGCCACUUGAUGACGAAUGGGGCACCGAUAAUACGGAUUUUGAAGAUGAAAACGAGACGAAAGAAUGUGAACCAAGGCCUGAAAGGGCCGAUGCCCAAAGAGACAGCUUUCUACGACGUUUGGGAAACGAAAAAAGGCAGCUGAUAGCCUAUAACAUUUUUCGCCGGCAUUGAUUGCAUUGUGUAUUUAAACGUGAUGACUUACACCGAAAUAAAAACGUCAAACAUUU